GCGGUAGCCUAGCAGCAACAAGGUAGAAGCUGGGACUUAGCAGGAGUAUAUUGACAGAUGGAGUUUCAGGCUUAAGUCGGCUGUUGCCUCUGGUGCACUGCACUGCUUUGAAGUGAUCGUGUUCCCAUAUCCCGAUCUCAGUUUGUUGACAAAUGUUAUAUCUAGUCAAUUGGAUUCAAACCACCCAGAAGCUUGAAGAUGCCACCCAAUCUUGAUUGGGGUCAGCUAAUGAAAGUUGAUCCAGAUGCCUUGUCUGGUCAGGAAAGGCUUGCAGAUAAGCUUCUUCUCUCCCUUUCUGAGGUUGAGAGCAAUGACCUGAAAGAAAGUGACCAAGACAAGCUCAUUCAGCUUUUCAGAAUCACCCAAGCUUUAAUGAAGAUGAAAGCCCAGGAAGUGGAUAUGGCUGUAGAAGAAGUAGAAAAAGCUGGUGAAGAACAAGCAACAAUAGAAAACCAGCUGAAAGCUAAAGUGAUCAAACUGGAAAAUGAGUUGGAGAUGGCUCAGAUGUCUGUGGGUGGGAGAGACACUCGUUUUCUUCGGGAUGAGAUUCGGCAGCUGGAAAAUCAAUUGGAGCGCAAAGAAAAGGAGCUGGCUGAAAUGGAGAAGCAAAUUAACAAGGAAAAGAAAGCCAGUGAAAAUCUGACACUUCGAGCUGAAGAAGCAGAAAAUGAAAACGGCAAGCUAAGAAGAGAGAAUGACCUGCUUCGACAGGACAUCAUUGAUUAUCAGAGGCAGAUAGACUCCCAAAGAGAGACUCUUCUUUCCAGGAGAGGAGGUGAUUCGGAUUUCCGAUCCCAGCUCUCUAAGAAGAACUUAGAGCUUGUUCAGUAUCUAGAUGAAAUUCAGAAUUUGACGGAAGCAAAUGAGAAACUGGAAGUUCAGAACCAUGAGAUGCAGAAGAACCUGGAGGAAUCUGUUAAUGAAAUGGAAAAGAUGACUGAUGAAUAUAACAAAAUGAAGGUGGUUGUGCAACAGACUGAUAUUUUCAUGGACCAGCUAAGCAAAGAAAAAGAGCACCUUAGACUUCAAGUGCAAGAGCUGACAGAACACAUUCAGGCAAGAACAGAAGAGGAUGAUCCAGUAAUGGCAGCAGUAAACGCAAAAGUGGAGGAGUGGAAGAGUGUGUUAUCUGCAAAGGAUGAUGAAAUUAUCGAAUACCAGCAGAUGUUGAGGGACCUCAAAGUAAAGCUCAAAACCACCCAGCUUGACUCUGACAAAAAUAAUGUCAUGGCCCUCCAGCAGGCUGUACAAGAACGGGACAGUCAGAUCAAGAUGCUGACUGAUCAAGUAGAACAAUACACAAGUGAGAUGGAAAGAAAUGCACUUGUUAUUGAAGACCUAAAAAAACAGCUUCAGAAAGAUACAGGUCUUCCAUCGUUAACACAGCAGAACAGAAUUGGAGAGAUCCAGACAAAGCUACAGGUGGCAGAGAAGAGGGCACUGGAGGCUGAGAGGGUAGCGGAUCUGGCAGAGUCUGAUGCCAGAGACAAGGACAAAGAACUAAGUGAAGCUCUGGCUCGAAUGAGAGCAUAUGAGGCUGGUGAAUAUGGUCUGGAAAAUGCUGUUGCAGAAAUUAAGGAAUGCAAAACCCAGAUAAAGAUAAGAGAUCACGAAAUUGAGGCUCUGACAAAAGAAAUUAAUAAACUUGAAAUGAAGAUCAAUGACCUGUUGGACGAAAAUGAAGAUUUUAGAGAACGUUUGGGUCUUAAUCCUAAAGAGAUUGUUGAUUUGACUGAAUUUCGAAGAACAAAGGCUCUGAAACAGCAACAGUACUGUGCAGAAAACCAGAUCCUCCUUAAGGAGAUUGAGAGGCUGGAAGAAGAACGGCUUGAGCUGAAGAAACAUAUCAGAAGACUUGCGAAAGACAAAGGGAAGAGAGCUGCUGCAUUAGGACUUACAGCAGAUGAUUUGCAGCUUGUUGACGAUUUCACAGAAAAUCUGAAAAGCUCUGAAAAACCAAACCUAACUCCUUAUACUGACAGUCUUGAGCAGAUCAAACACAGGAAUGAACAUCUUUUAAAAGAACUGUACGGUAAAGAAAAAGAAUUGGAACUUAAAAAGACAGAAUUAGCUCAAUUAAAAUCCAAGUCAAAAAACACAAUGGAAGAAAAUAAACAGCUUGAGCAGGGAAUGAAAGAAAUAUUACAAGCAAUAAAAGAUACACAAAAGGAUUCAAAAGGAGAAACUGGCCUUAAUAUCCCCAUUCUGGAAAGGCUUGUCAAUGCAAUUGAGACAAAGAGCUCAGAGGGAGUAUUUGAUGCCAAUGUGCAUUUAAAGGCUCAAGUUGAUCAACUCACUGGGCGAAAUGAUGAACUGAGGAAGGAAAUGAAAGAAGCUCGCAAAGAGGCUGCAAGUGCUGCCAACCAGCUGGAGAAAGCCAAUGAAAAGGUUGCUCGCAUGGAAAAUGAAAUACAAAUGCUACAUCAGUCAGGUGGGAGCGGUGUUGUGUUUAAGAUUCUUAAUCUUCCAGAUAAGAUGGCCCCUUCUAGUGCUGAAGUAAUCAAUUCUCUUAAUGAGUAUACAGUUGAACUUCUACAGGAAUUACAUAAUAAAGAGGAAUCUAUGAUGAAGCUGGAAGAAGCUUUAGAAGAAUACAAGCGGAAAUUUGCUGUGAUUCGUCAUCAACAAGGACUGCUAUAUAAGGAGUACCAAAGUGAAAGAGAAUUAUGGCAAAAGGAUACUGAAAAGAUUCAGGAACUCCAAGAUAAACUUGGAGAGCAGAAGGAGCAGGAUGCUGCUAAAAUACAAGAGUAUAAUCAUUGGUUAGAUGUGCUACAGAAAGACCCUGAUGAAAUAAAGAAACAACUGGCUGAAGCUGCUCGAAAAAUGACUGUCCUACGGGUAAAUGAGAAGUCCCUGACAAGGCAUUAUACAACCCUAAUGGAAAUGGAGCAGCAUCUCAGAAAGGAGAACAACAAAUUAAAGAAUGAAAUGAUUGCAAUGGAGGCAGCAGUGGCAGAAAGAGUUGGAUACCUACAAAGAUAUAAGGACAUGGGAGCUUUUAAAAUAGCUGCAUUGCAAAAAGCCUUGAAUGACAGUGUUCCCUCUGCUGAUCUGGAGAGAGCAAAUAAACAGUAUAAUGACCUGACAACCAAAUACAGAGACAUGCUGCAAAAGGACAACUUGCUUGUUCAGAAAACGACCAACCUGGAAUAUUUAGAGGGUGAAAGUACAGUUCUCCGCGGACAAAUUGAUGCCUUGAACAAAGAACUUGAGAUAACCAAGGAAAAGCUGCACACAUUAGAGCAAGCCUGGGAACAGAUCACCAAAUUAGGAGGUGAAAGUGCAAUGGAUAAAGCAACCAAGGCAAUCACCAAUGGUGAAAUUGUGUCCAUCUCCAAGAAAAUUACGACGCUGGAAAUGAAAGAAUUGAAUGAACGACAGAGAGCAGAACAUGCACAUAAAAUGUACGAACACCUGAGAAGCUCGUUCAGACAAGUAGAGGAGCGUAACUUUGAGCUGGAAACCAAAUUUGCAGAACUAACUAAACAAAAUCUAGAAGCUCAAAGGAUAGAACAGGAGCUAAGGGAUGAAUUGGCUAACAGCGUUAGUAAAGCAGUUAGUGAUGCUGACAGGAGAAGGAUUAUGGAGUUGGAGAAAACUGAGGCUGACCUGAAGAUUGAAGUAUCAAAGUUAAGAGAUGUCUCAGAUAUAGCCAAGAUGCAGACUUCUGCUUUGGAAGCUCGCCAACAGUCCAGAGAAAAGGAAGUAGAAGCCCUUAGAAAGCUAGUGUUGGAUUAUCAGGCUCAAUCAGAUGAGAAAGCCCUCAUAGCGAAGUUCCACCAACACAUUAUAGCAUUACAGGUGAGUGAAGCAACCGCUGUUAGCAAACUUGAGGCCACAGUGACCAAACUGCAGAAGCUGGAGGCCUACAACCUGCGCCUGGAGCAGAAAAUGGACGAUAAGGAGCAGUCGUUGUACUAUGCCAGACAGGAGGGGCGGAACAGAGCCAAACACCUGAGGCAGACUGUGCAGUCCCUCAGGAGGCAGUUCAGUGGCGCCCUGCCACUGUCCCAGCAAGAAAAGUUCUCCAAGACCAUGAUCCAGCUGCAGAAUGACAAGCUGAAGGUGCUUCAGGAGGUGAAGCAGGCUGAACAGGAGAGUAGAAAGGCUGAAGACAAGGCUCUGGAACUGGAAGUCCGUCUCAAGGGGCUGGAGGAGCUGAUAAGCACACUGAAGGAUGUCAGAGGAGCUCAAAAGGUGAACGAGUGGCACAAGAAAAUGGAAGAGUUGCGUCUUCAGGAUCUGAAACGGAACCGAGAGCUGGGCAUUCUGAAAGAAGAAAUUAAAUAUUUAAAGAAUGUCAUUGCUGAGCAAGAACGCACCAUCAGCAGUCUGCAAGAAGAAGUUGUUCAGCAAAACAAUCUUUAUGAGGAACAGCAGCUAUCUUGGGAUCAGAGGGAAGUGGAUCUGGAACGACAGCUGGACCUGUAUGAGCGUCAGCAUAAUGACGUGCUCAGCACUGCACGGAAGUUUGAGGAAGCUGCAGGAUCUAUUCCAGACCCCAGCUUGCCUGUUCCACAGCAGCUUGACUUAGCUUUAAGAAAGAUCAGAGAGCAUGUCCGCACCAUUCUGGAAACACAGACAACGUGCAAGACCUUGGAUGAAAAACUGAAAGAAAAGGAGGCAGCCCUUUGGAAAGCAGAACAAAAUGUGUUAUCGAGGGACCGUGUAAUCAACGAGCUGAGACUUCGCCUUCCAGCAACAGCAGAGAGGGAGAAACUCAUAGCAGAGCUGGGUAGCAGGGAAGAGGACCCUGAGUUUCAGCAGGCUUUGAAAGUGGCCCAUCAAACCAUAGCAAACUUGCAGGCCCGGUUAAACCAGAAGGAAGAUGUCCUGAAGAAAUACCAGCGCCUCCAAGCCAAAGCAAGACAGGACCAAGAAGAGGUUGCAAAGAAGCAUGACGAGGAACUCCGAUUAUUACACCAGAAGCUGGAGUUGCACUCUGAUACAUCACUAAACAAGUUCAAGCAAACUGCCCUGGAACUGAUGAAGAAACCUUCCAUUGCUGUUCCUACUACAAAACACCUGGUCAGGCUAGCUGAGAUGGAGCAAACAGUAGCUGAGCAGGACAACUCGCUGUCUAAUCUUACUGAUAAACUAAAGAGAGUAACAGCAGAACUAGAGAAGCAGAAACAAAUCACAGUGUUAAAAAUUAAAGAACACUCAAGUGAAAAAGCAAAACUUGAGGAGAGGCAUGUAGCUGAGGUAAAGAAACUGAAGGAGAAUGUGGCUGAGCUUCGAACCCACUUGACCCAAAUGGAAAAGGAGGUGCAUUACCUCAGAACUGAACUGGAGGCACAGAAAGAGGCCAACACCAGGGCCCCCACCACUACAAUGAAAAGCUUGGUGGAAAGGCUUAAAGCUCAACUUGCUUUAAAGGAAAAACAGCAAAAGGCUCUCAGUAAGGCUCUGUUAGAGCUGAGAUCAGAAAUGACUGCUCAUGCGGAAUACCAGAUUGUGGCAAGUGCAUCACAAAAAGAGGAAAACCUGAAUGUCCAGCAGAUUGUUGAUAAGCAUACGAAAGAACUGAAGUUUCGCAUUGAAGACUUGAAUGAGCAACUUCUGACGGCAAAGGAAAAUCUGAGAGCAAGUAAAAACAAGGAAAACAGUCUAAAAGAAGAGAUGGACAGUUUAAACCGGGAUCUAAACAGGAGUUGUAAGGCUCAGAACAAGUUGCAGUCAGAGAAAGAAGCACUGGACAAAGAGAAUGAAGAGCUCAAAAAAAGAAUAAAGAGGCUAGCCAGCAGCAUGCAGAUCAAGUCAGAUAGUGAAAGCAAGCAGUCCACAGUAGAUGAACUUCAGAAGAAGAUAAAAAGGUUAGAAACUGAGCUGGAAAGGAAGGCUACAUCACAACAUGUGGAAAGAAAAAUAAUAAAGGAAGACAAGAAAUCAAAAGAAGAAAUAGCAAGGUGGGAAGAAGGUAAAAAAUGGCAAGCUAGAACUGAAGGCAUGCGCAACAAACUGAAAGAAAAAGAGAAGGAGGUUGAGAGCUUAACAAAGCAACUGAGUACUUUAAAAGACCUCUACACACGGCUUGAGCAGGAAAAAGCACUUUGCAGAAGAAAAUCUUUGCAGAAGAAAAUCAAGGCCCGUGGUGUGACUGUGGAUCAAGUGGUGGGAGUUCGAACUCUAGAGUCUGAAAAGGAGAUUGAGGAACUGAAGAGGAGGAAUUCAGAGCUGGAAAAUCACAUUGUUACUAUAAAGAAACAGCAAGCUUUACCACGAGAUUCUGCAAUGGAAGAUUUGAAUUUAAAAAAUCGAUACCUUGAGGAAAAACUCCAUGCUUUAGAAAGACAACUUUCAAAAGAUACUCAUUCCAGACCUUCAACAUCUGGUAUUGGAUCUGAUUCACAUUCCCAAAAAGAUGAUGAAAUCCAUAGGGAGAAUCUCAAGCUGUCUUCAGAAAACAUGGAACUGCGUUUCCAACUGGAACAGGCCAGCAAAGACUUGCCAAGAUUUAAGGACAAAGUUGCAGACCUAAAAGAGAUGUGUGACCUUCUUAAAAAGGAGAAAACAGAAAUUGAGAAAAAACUUGGAAAUGUACGAGGGUCUGGCCGCAGUGGCAAGACAGUCCCCGAACUGGAGAAAACUAUAGGCCUUAUGAAGAAGGUGGUGGAGAGGGUGCAGAGGGAGAAUGAAGAACUGAAGAAAGCUCCUGGAGUGGUAUCCAAGGAGAAGCUUACUGGCCUGGAAAGGGAGAAUGAAAAGCUCAAGUCAGAGUUUGAAAAACUGAAACUUCAAAUGGGAGGUCAGCUAAGCAUGAGGUACGAGUCUAAAACAAAGGGAAUGGAGAAGAUUCUCGCAGAGAAUGAGAGGCUACGCAAGGAGCUUAAAAAGGAGGCAGACUCGGCAGAAAAGCUGAAGAUAGCAAAGAAUAAUCUGGAGAUCAUGAAUGAAAAGCUAAUGGUGCAGUUGGAAGAAACCAGCAAGAGGUUAAGUUUUGCUGAAAGCAGGGGGCCACAGUUAGAAGGUGUGGAAAGCAAAAGUUGGAAAUCUAUUGUGGUCACAAGAAUGUAUGAAAGUAAAAUGAAGGAACUAGAGACUGACAUUGACAAAAAGAACAAGAGUCUUUCAGACCUGAAACAGCUGCUACGAGAAGCAACUGAGCGGGAACAGAAAACAGAGCACUAUAUCAGUGACUUGAAAGAGCAAAUUGAACUUCUAAAACAUUUCCCUGAGGAAGCAAAGACUGAGCCAGGCCUAAUCAGAGAGCUACAGCUCAUCAGGCUAACAAAUGAUCGUCUGGAGAAGGAAAAAACAGAGCUUAUUCACCAGUUAAAAGUUUAUAGACAGCAGAUUGGGGCAACAACAGAGGGUGCUGCUGAACCUGGGUAUGAUGAGCUUCUAGAGAAAUGCAUAAAACAUGACAAAAUGAUGAAGGACUUGGUGGAUCUGCAAACCGAGAUCAAGGCCUCAGACCUAGAAAAAAGAUACUUGCAGGAAGAAGUAAAAAAGAUGAAAAAAGAACUUGAGAACUUUGACCCCACUUUCUUUGAAGAGAUUGAAGACUUGAAGUACAAUUACAACCAAGAAGUGAAGAGGAAUAUUCUCCUGGAGGAGCAGCUUAAGAAGCUUUCAGACCAGUUUGGAGUUCAGGUUAACAUUCCAGCUAAUGUAUCCAUUGACUAAAAUAUAGGAACCAUCCUGAAAAAAUACUUAAGAUAAAUCCAUGACAAAUCUCAUUGCUUUGUAAUGUUAGCUGAGGUGCCUCCACUGUUAUGCUAGCUUAGUAUUGUUUGUACUGCAUUUUGUUACAUCAGGAAGAAAGCUUGUUAAAUGUAACACCAUUGUAUUUUCUUUAGAUGAUUUUACACAGACAAUACACCAAUUGGCCAGUAUUGGUGGUUAUGUGUAGUUCCUGUUUGUUUUUAACAAUAACAACUAAGAGUCUUAUGUUUCCCCUUCCUAUUUUAUCUACGAAGUAUGCCCUAUUGCUGUGCCGUUCGUCUAAAUUUUAAAUUCCUCUCAACCACAUUAUCAACCUGUUUUCUGUAACAGUUGUUAGAUUUUUCUUUAGGCAAAAUCAUAUGGCAAUAUGAUCUGUUUCUCCAGCGACAGUAUGAGUGAUGGGUACUGAACUGGCUUUUUAAUAGCUCUAAAAAAUAUAUCUACAAUUGUCUGUUUUUACAGACCCUAAUUUAGCAGUAAUCUUGGAUUACUUUACCCAAGGUAACAUUAGGUUAUGUACAAGAUUGCUGCGAAUCAGGAUUUGUAAAACUAGCUAAAUUAGUACACAGGAGGCUGAAUCAGAAACUGAUUACAAUUAUAUAGCAGUGUUAAGUAGUGCUGCAAAAUAAAGCUACUUUAGAAUUGUUUACACUUCUAAAUGUUAUUUAUGGAAACAAUGUUUUUUGUGAAAUUAUUCUGUAAAUUACUUUUUUAUUAAAUUGAGAUGGCUUGAAAAUAAAUGUAACUGUCAAUGUUAAUACUUGCUUUUGUUUUGUAGUGUUGCUAUUGUUAUUUUAAAUAAGGAACAUUUGCUCAUAAGCUGCCCUUGUAAAAAAAUGUCCUUCCAUGUACCUUAUGAGAAAAAUCGCUCUAUGAAUUUGGCAGUAUCUUUUGUAUUUUAGCCGUUGCAUUCUUGUUUCAUCCAUAUGCUCCCUCCUCCCCACGUCACAUGUUUUAUUAUUGUUAUGAGGUACCAUCAUUAAUCAAUAAAAAUAAACACACACAGGAU